UAAAGCGGGUGCUGAUUACAGGUGUUAGUGAUAAGUGAUAUGAUAACAUGUAGUGUUCAUCUUGAUCGCACGUAACAUCACAACAAUGCAUGAGCCGCAUACUUUAGCACAUUGCACCUACGGGAGAACGGUUGUAAGAUCCCGUGAUGGAUGACGAUGAUGAAUUCUUUGAUACUAUCUCAGUCAGUUCAGGAGUUAGCAGAAGAAGGUUUGAUAACAGAGAUUAUCUUAGUCUGUCAAGAAAUACGGUUUACCAUUCAGCGAUAGAUUUAGAUAACAUGGAACUUACACGUUUGGACUGUCCAGAAGAGGGGAAUUCACAAAAUAAGGUGUCUAGAAAUAGAGAUGUUAAGACAUACAAGCAGUGGAGAGAUAGGCAAUGGCGUAAUUUUACCCAUAGCGAUCACUGUGUCGACUUCGUUUUGGCUUAUGAUAAAGAUGACAAACCUGAACAUGCGGAAAAAAGGAAGGAGUUCGAAAAAAAUUUGGAAGCCGUAGGACUAAUUUUAGAAAAAGAAGAAAGUCAAAGAAUACAUUUCGUUAAAAUCCAUGUACCGCGAGAAGUAUUGUGCCAAUAUGCAGAGAUUCUAAAAUUGAGAUUACCCAUUAGAUAUGAUGAACCGAUGUCUGAAAGUUCUAAUGUAUUUUAUUCUACUAUUAACAAAGUUUUGGACUGUUUAAACGUCAGAUUAGACCCUCAAAUAUUUCCACCUAAGCAGUACAAAUUGACGGCAGAAUUUAACAGAGAAAAAAACUAUUUAUUUGACGUAGAUUCGCCUGAUUUUUUUAAUGAAGCAGUCCGUAUCACCGUUGCUUCCUACAUUUUAGAAAGAGAAAAAUUCGGCAACGACGAUCAAGACAAGGGGAUUCACAGACUGAUUUCUGAAGACGUUUAUAAGGCUGCAUAUCCAUUGCAUGACGGCGAUUUACAUGAAUCUGACUCCAAACGAUCGCUCCUUCUUCACCAUUGGGCCCAAAUAUCAAAGUGGGUAAAAUAUCAGCCAAUCGACGACAUCAAAGAAUAUUUUGGGGUAAAAUUCGCCCUCUACUUCACAUGGUUGGGCUUUUACACUCACAUGUUAAUCCCAGCAGCCUUGGUAGGGGUUCUGUGUCUAAUCUACGCCGCUACAACUGUAAAUUCAGAUGCUUUAUGUGACGAUAUUUGCAAUUUGGAUAUCGUCAUGUGUCCCAGGUGUGACAAAGUCUGCGACUACUGGAAAUUAAGCGACGGUUGUAUGUAUUCAAGAAUCCAACAUUUCGUCGACAAUCCCGCGACAAUUUUUUUCGCAAUUUUUAUGUCUUUUUGGUCGAUUUUAUAUUUAGAAUUAUGGAAAAGAUACAGUGCUGAAAUUACGCACAGAUGGGGUCUGACUGGUUUUGAUUUAGAAGCCGAGCCACCGAGACCUGAGUACUUGAUAAGAUUAGCUGAUGCGAAAAAAAGAAAGUUAAAUGUUAUUACGAAUUUGGACGAGCCCGCUGUUUCUUUCUGGAAAGUAAGGCUACCGUCGCUUAUCUUAAGCUUCGCCGUUGCUUUAAUGUGGGUUUUUAUCGCGUUAUCGGUUGUUUUCGGUGUGGUAAUGUACAGAAUGUCGCUGAUAACAUCAGAGGUUUUAUAUGACGAUAAGACGAGUUACCGUAUUUACGUACUGCCAAUCACUGCAGCCAUUAUCAAUUUGGUUUGUAUCAAUAUCCUCAAUAUUGUUUACCGAAAACUAGCAACAUGGUUGACCGAAAUGGAACUACAAAGAACUCAAACCGAAUACGAUGAUAGUUUAGCGUUAAAGAUAUACAUGUUUCAAUUUGUCAAUUAUUAUUCGUCAAUUUUCUAUAUUGCUUUUCUGAAAGGACAAUUUAUUGGAUACCCAGCCAAAUAUAAUCGAGUUUUUGGGGUGCGUCAAGAAGAGUGCAACCCAGGUGGUUGCUUAAUGGAACUUACUAUUCAAUUAGCUAUUAUUAUGGUGGGCAAUCAGGCUUUAAAUGCAGUAAUAGAAAUAGGUGUGCCUGUAUUAUUAAAAAUAUACACCAGUGCGAGAAUCACAGUGGGAAUAAAAAAAGAAUCUACUCAGGAAGAAGUUAUCAUUAGCUGCAACCAGUGGACUGAAGAUUACAAGCUUUCUGAUAUGCAAAGUCUGAAUUUAUUUUCGGAAUAUCUUGAAAUGGUUCUUCAAUAUGGAUUUGUGACAAUCUUCGUAACAGCAUUCCCUCUGGCCCCCCUAUUUGCUUUAAUCAACAAUAUUCUAGAAAUGCGUUUAGAUGCAAAAAAAUUCAUAAAAUAUUAUCGGCGGCCUGUACCGCAACGUGUUAAGGACAUAGGAGUUUGGUACCCCAUAAUGGCAAUAAUCGGGCGAAUUUCAGUUGUUUCUAAUGCCUUUAUCAUAGCAUUUUCGUCACAUUUUAUACCAAAAUUAGUCUACAUGAUGGAAGUAAGUCCCGAUGGUACCGACGACGGAUUUCUUGAAUUCAGUUUGGCCUAUUUCGAUGUUCACGACUUUGCGCAGGGAACAGCUCCACAGAAUUCCACGUAUGAUGUAUCCUUCUGUCGAUAUGCUGAAUACAGAAAUCCACCAAAUGUUACGGGAGGAUUAGUGAAAUACAAACGGCCUUUGAUUUACUGGCAUAUCCUGGCAGCCCGAUUAGCGUUUGUCGUGGCAUAUCAAAACGUAGUUAGUUUUGUUGUGACCGCUGUGGAAUGGACUAUACCUGAUGUGCCCAGGAAACUUAAUGAUCAAAUAAAAAGAGAAGCAUAUAAAACAAAUGAAACGAUUAUUAAACAUGAAAGGGAACGAGCUCGACUAAGGCCGCGCAGAAAUAAAAACCGCGAUUCGAUUCUGUCAAGAGAGACAAUGUAUUAUGACGCAAAUGGGGGCUUCCAUUCAGAUCUAGCCAAUACAUCUAGUCCUCAAGCAGCACAACAUGAUGUUGGCAAUUCUUAGCACAUGUUUAUAUAUUUUAUUACGUGUACAUAAUUUUUGGACCAAGGAGGUGAUGAGACAUCUCCAGAGAGAUUUAGGUAUUAUUAGUCUCAUUGAGGCCUUUUAUACUUGCCUUCUAAUUCUAUGGCUUAGAUACUUAUUCAUCUUUAAAGUACCGAAACCAAGUUUUAAAUUAAGCAACAGUUAUAAUACUCCAGAGUUUAACUUGCCGUUUUAAAAUUGUAACUAAUGUGAUAUUAAAAUUUUAAUGUAAAUAAAACAAGCGACAUAACAAAUUUUAACUUGCCGAAAAUACAGUUUGUUAAAAUAACGUACAUUGGUGAAAACCGCAACUUCCACGCUGAUAAUACAAGUCAACAUAUCGACCAACUAUUACAAUUUUUUUUUUAAGUAAAAUUUUCACAACUAAUUCUUCAAACUGUUCUCAGCAAACUGAAUAAAAAUGUAAUUGAAAUGGAAUUUGAGAAUUUGUACUAUUGUUUUUGGUCAGAAUAUUACUUAUCGCAGUAGUAUGGUACGGCUAUUUAGUUUUUAUUCCAUAUGACCGUUGAUCAUCUGAAAUUACGUGUAAAUCGUUAAUUUUUAUAAACUGACGUUUCGCUAUGUCAAAAAAAGUCUAUGUAACCUACAGUUUUCAUUUACUGGUCCUGUACAUUCAGUCAAGGUACAAAAUUAGGUUUUGUGGAAUUUUGAUUAAAUGAUUCUACUACGACGUAAAAAUUUGUGCCAGCCUCUAAAUAAAAAAAAGGAUAUUGCGAUUCUGUGACGUAAUUUUACGUUAUUGCCAAAGAAGUGACGCUAAAGAGAUUACUUAAGUUUUGUUACUAAAUUGUUUUUCUUUAAAGUAAAAAGAUUUUAAAAUAUUGUUUGUAAAUUUUAAAGCAUUUCUAGGCUGUAGUCAAAAAUCGCACUAGUCUGAAACAGUUUUGGUUGAAAGAAUGAAUUGAUAUUUUAGCCGUUUUUAAUUAAUUCGGGAAAGUACAAGGACUGGUUUUAAAUAAUUUUUGUUACAUUAGUAACAGCAUAUUUUUAAUAUCUUUGGUAAAAUAUUUUUUGUAAGUACCUGAGAACGUAUGCUUUUGUUUAUAUUAUGAAUUAAAGUGUGGUUGUUUUUGUAUUUCAUACACUGAAAGAGUGGUUAGAACAUAUGAAAACAGUUAAAGGAAAUACUUGAACAAAUUUGACAUCAUGAAAUGGUUGUUUACGCAAAAUUUUGUUAAAAAUUUAAAUGUAUAUAUAUAUUACCUUACCCUUGGUUUAUUUCAUAAGGCGACAUUUGUGAUACUCAAAUUUUUAUUGUCUUUGCCAUUUCAAUUGAAACACCACCUGUUGAUUUUGCUAAAAAUUUGGCAAUUGGUAACAGCUUUCGGUUGAUUGACAACGGCUUUUAGUUAGAAAAUUGUCUGAAUAUGAACGUUGCCAAAUUUACGAUUAACAAGUGGUGUUUCAACAGAAAUGUGCUAGGGUGUUGAAUCAGUUUGAGUUUGUUUAUACUCACAUACUAACACAAUUAACCUACGAAAUUAAACAAAGUUUGUUGCAUUUAAUUUUUUAAUCUUUAAAAAGUAUUAGAUUUAUUAUCUAUAGGACCAAUAUUUGCCUUUGUGUGUGUUGUGAACUUUUCUCUAUUUUUAGUUAUUUACUGUAAGGAAUUAGGACCUGUAUAAUUCCCGCUGUGACAUUUUUCUGUACAGUUAAUAAUUAUAUUGAUGUUUCUGAUAUGAGAUGUGCAGAAUAUUGUAAAUACGAAAAUGUUGUGUCUCUUUAAAAAUAUUUAUAAUGUUAAAAAUAUACGUUACAUAACUGACAAUAAAUUGAGAUUAUGUCGUUGUUAACUACAGUGUGAGUUUUGUGUUAAGUACUAACGCAUUUAAUAUUGACGGGUUUUUUUAUAAGUAAAUUUAAGUAUGUGAUAUGUUUUAAAAUUUUGUGUUUAUUUAUUAUACUUUUAAGUAAGUAAUUUUGUGUUAGUGAAUGUAUGAAAAUUUAUUUUAUGAUAACGGUAAUUUAUAACAAACAUUAUUUAUUAAGUACCUACCAACGUGCUGCCGAUAAAAAUCGUCGUCUAGUUGGUGUGGAAUGAUGAGAUGUCUUUCUCAUUUCCUGAAGGCAUAGCAGACGAUAAGAGCACGGGAAGUAUGUUUGUUUAUCCAGGCCCAAUAAAAGGACGAUUUUUGUUGGUAGAUUUGCUUAUCACUUAUCAAUCACGUACUAUUUACAUAACUAUUAAUAGUUUUAUUUAUAUACAUAUGUUAUAUUUUAUUAUUUUAGUUGUGUGUGUAUCGAACUUUCCAAGUUCAAAAAGUCACUACAGACAUCACAUUAUUAAGUAAUGAUAAUGGGUACCGUUAUUUUUCUAGUCUACAAAAUAAUUUUGGUGCCCAGUGUCUCUAUUUAUUAGAUAUUGUGUACAGUUACAUGUAAUUUUCUACUUGAAUUAAUAUUUUUUUAUAUGGUGCAUGGACUCAAUCAGCCAAUAGAUAGCUUUUGUGUAUUUUAUGCUUUGUUAAUCAAACUUUUAUUUGAAAAAAAGUGUAAUAAAAACUGUAAUUUAUUUA